ACUUUCGCGCGCGCGCGCCCCAACAGCCCCUCCCUCUCGCGAUAGGUCACGGAGGAGGCGGGAUUGCUGCAGCGCUGGCCGUGCUCGUCCCUGACAGGAGUGCGGCGAUGGUCGUCCACGGGGGGAGGCUAAAGCUUGCUUUUGCCUGACGGGUUUCUUAAUUUCCUUUCCCCCACCCCCCCCCCCCCCCCCCCGCAGCCAUGGCCUGCUGCCCCUGCUGGCUGCCCCCGCGCUGAGAAGGUGUAGCCGUUGUCCCCACUCUCACCAUGAGGAAGGGCCGUUCGCGGGAGGACAAAGCGGGGCCCUUGGCGCUCCAGGCCCCCAGAAGGUUGGACCAGCCCGCCCGAGCUCCAGUGGACGUCUCCAAGAGAAGAGCUCCCUCAGCGGCUGGCGGAAGGAAAGAUACGGAGGAAGGGUCUUAUGGGAGUGCCGCUUGCAGGGAACUGACCGAGAAGGAUGUUAUAGCAGAGCCAAUUACUUUGCGUUGCAGAAAACUCAGUAACCCUGACAUUUUUUCGACAACUGGGAAAAGUAAACUUCAUCGUCAACUGAGUCAAGAUGACUGCAAGCUGCGACGGGGUAGUUUAACUAGUUCUUUGUCAGGAAAGCAGUUGCUUCCUUUAUCUACUAGUAUGCACAGUGGAGUGGGGCAAUCAUCAUGGCAACCAUCUGGAGAAUCCUCCAAUUUGGUCCGCAUGCGAAAUCAAUCACUGGGACAGUCUGCUCCUUCUCUAACAGCUGGUUUGAAAGAACUCAGUCUCCCUAGAAGAGGAAGUUUAAUCUCCUCUCCUUUCCUCUCCCACUGCCGAGGAAGUGAUGUCCAUCAGCAUGUGUUCUCUCCUACAUCUGCUCCAGGUCUGCAGCAUCUUAAAAUCCCACUUAGUGCUGAUUGUGCCCUUGCUACUUCUCCUCUAGUAUUUUACCUCAGCCCACAACCUCAGAGCAACCCUGGUAGCCCCUGCUGCAGCAAUCCACUUCAGUGGAGCUGUCGGACAAGUAAUAGAAAAAGUUUGAUUGUGACUUCUAGCACAUCUCCAACACUUCCACGACCACAUUCUCCACUUCAUGGGCAUUCAGGUGGAAGUCCAUUGGACAGUCCCAGAAAUUUCUCCCCAAAUGCGCCUUCUCACUUUUCCUUUGUUCCUGCCCGUAGCCAUGGACACAGAACAGACAGGACAGAUGGUCGUCGGUGGUCCCUGGCUUCUCUUCCUUCAUCUGGAUAUGGAACAAACACUCCUAGUUCAACUGUUUCAUCAUCAUGCUCAUCUCAGGAGAAGCUACACCAAUUGCCCUUUCAGCCAACAGCAGAUGAACUUCAUUUCCUGACAAAGCAUUUCAGCACUGAGAGCAUCACUGAUGAGGAAGGACGGCAUUCUCCAGCCAUGCGCCCCCGAUCUCGCAGCCUUAGUCCUGGCCGUUCUCCAGUGUCCUUUGAUAGUGAAAUAGUAAUGAUGAACCAUGUAUACAAAGAAAGAUUUCCAAAGGCCACAGCCCAGAUGGAGGAACGUCUGGCUGAGUUUAUUGCAUCUAAUGUGCCAGAGAAUGUGUUGCAACUAGCCGAUGGGGUCCUAAGCUUUAUUCAUCAUCAGGUUAUUGAGUUGGCCAGAGAUUGUCUGGAUAAAUCACGUGAAGGACUUAUUACUUCUCGGUACUUUUAUGAGUUGCAAGAAAAUCUUGAAAAACUACUUCAAGAUGCCCAUGAACGAUCUGAGAGCUCAGAGGUGGCGUUUGUUACCCAGCUGGUGAAAAAAUUGAUGAUCAUCAUUGCACGGCCUGCAAGACUGCUAGAAUGCCUUGAGUUUGAUCCCGAAGAGUUCUACCACUUGCUAGAAGCAGCUGAAGGCCAUGCUAAGGAAGGGGAAGGAAUUAAAUGUGACAUCCCUCGUUAUAUUAUAUGCCAACUGGGCCUCACUCGGGAUCCCCUGGAGGAAAUGGCCCACUUGAAUAGCUAUGAUAGUCCAGACACUCCAGAGACAGAUGAUCCUGCUGAGGUGAAGAGCCAAGGAUCCACUUCACAAGCAAAGAAAACACCUUCUGAAGAAGAAUUUGAAACCAUUAAGCUAAUCAGCAAUGGAGCUUAUGGGGCAGUGUUCUUGGUGCGCCACAGGACUACCCGCCAGCGUUUUGCAAUGAAGAAGAUCAACAAGCAGAACCUCAUUCUGAGAAAUCAGAUUCAGCAAGCUUUUGUGGAGAGAGACAUCUUAACAUUUGCAGAAAAUCCCUUUGUAGUUGGCAUGUUCUGCUCCUUCGAGACAAAGCGCCAUCUGUGCAUGGUCAUGGAAUAUGUGGAAGGAGGAGAUUGUGCAACUCUCUUGAAGAAUAUUGGAGCUUUGCCUGUUGAUAUGGCAAGGAUGUAUUUUGCAGAAACUGUGCUGGCAUUGGAAUACCUCCACAAUUAUGGCAUCGUCCACCGUGAUCUAAAGCCUGACAAUCUUCUGAUAACAUCAAUGGGUCACAUCAAACUAACUGAUUUUGGCCUUUCUAAAAUUGGCUUAAUGAGCUUGACAACGAACCUAUAUGAGGGGCAUAUAGAGAAAGAUACCAGAGAAUUCUUGGAUAAGCAGGUGUGUGGAACUCCAGAAUACAUUGCCCCAGAAGUGAUCUUGCGGCAGGGUUAUGGAAAACCUGUGGACUGGUGGGCCAUGGGAGUUAUCCUAUAUGAGUUUUUGGUUGGCUGUGUUCCUUUUUUUGGCGACACACCAGAAGAGUUAUUUGGGCAGGUUAUCAGUGAUGAAAUUGCCUGGCCAGAAGGAGAUGAAGCCUUACCACUAGAUGCACAAGACCUGAUUGGUAAACUUCUAUACCAAAACCCUUUGGAAAGACUGGGAACAGGUAGCGCUUUUGAAGUGAAACAACAUAGAUUCUUCAAGAAUUUAGACUGGAAUGGAUUACUCAGACAAAAAGCAGAAUUUAUUCCACAGUUAGAAUCAGAAGAUGACACAAGCUACUUUGACACACGCUCUGAGAGGUACCAUCAUGUAGAUUCUGAGGAAGAAGAAGAUACAAAUGAUGAUGAUCAUGUAGAAAUUAGGCAAUUUUCCUCGUGCUCACCAAGGUUUAGCAAGGUGUAUAGCAGCAUGGAACGUCUUUCCAUACAUGAAGAGAGGAAAACACCACCUCCCACCAAGCGCAGCUUGAGUGAGGAGAAAGAUGACAGACUGGAUGGUCUUGCGGGCCUGAAGAGUCGAGACCGUAGUUGGGUGAUCGGGUCACCUGAAAUAUUACGUAAACACCUCUCAGUAUCUGAAUCCUCUCAUACCGAGAGUGACUCCAGCCCACCACUGACUGUCCGUCGGCGUUGUUCUGUGCUUCUCGACAUGCCCCGCUUUGCCAUUUCAGCUGAGGAAGAGGGAAAAAAAAAACAAUUUGAUGGGAUACAAUUGCCUAUAGUACAGCCACAAGAAGGGCUUCCUCUGCCAAUUUCAGAACAGCCUAUAGAGCAAGAACUCCAACUGGAUGAUGAUGGUGGACUUAAGACACCUUCUUCUACUGUCAGCAAUGUGAGCAGUUCAACACUAACAGCUGGGAGCACUGCAGACUUCUAUGAUCAACACACUCGCAGAAAUAGCAACGAGGGCCCAGAGUUUACUACUCCCAAAGCCACAAGUGAUUUGGCAGUGCGGCGAGCUCGCCACAGGCUACUCUCUGGGGAGUCAGGGGAAAAACGUACCUCACGGCCUGUCAAUAAAGUGAUUAAGUCAGCCUCAGCCACAGCCCUCUCCCUCCUGAUUCCUUCAGAGCAUCAUACAUGUUCCCCAUUGGCUAGUCCAAUGUCACCUCAUUCCCUCUCCUCCAACCCAUCUUCAAGGGACUCCUCUCCUAGUCGGGACUUUUCUCCUGCAGUAAUAAAUCCGAAACCACCAAUUAUCAUCCACCGAGCUGGGAAGAAAUAUGGCUUCACACUUCGUGCCAUCAGAGUCUACAUGGGAAACAGUGAUAUCUACACAGUGCAUCAUAUGGUCUGGCAUGUAGAAGAAGGUGGCCCUGCAAGUGAGGCAGGUCUCAGAGAAGGAGACUUGAUAACCCAUGUGAAUGGAGAACCUGUCCAUGGGUUGGUGCAUACUGAAGUGGUGGAGUUGGUCCUGAAGAGUGGCAGUAAAGUAUCCAUAUCAACUACGCCAUUUGAGAACACAUCAAUCAAAGUAGGCCCUGCUCGGAAGUCCAGUUAUAAAUCCAAGAUGGCUCGAAGGAACAAGAAAAGCAAAACAAAAGAUGGCCAGGAUAGUAAGAAGAAGAGCUCUCUAUUUAGGAAGAUUACUAAGCAGGCCUCUCUACUGCAUACCAGCAGGAGUUUGUCUUCGCUGAACCGUUCUCUGUCCUCUGGGGAAAGUGUUCCAGGGUCACCUACUCACAAUCUCUCCCCACAUUCACCAACACAGAGUUACCGAUCUACUCCCGAGUCUUUGCAUUCAGUUGGUGGAAAUUCUUCUCAAAGUAGUUCACCUAGCUCCAGUGUUCCUAACUCUCCUGCCAGCUCAGGACAUAUCCGACCUAGCUCCUUGCAUGGCCUGGCACCAAAGCUUCAACGGCAGUAUCGAUCCCCAAGACGUAAAUCUGCAGGAAACAUUCCUCUUUCUCCACUUGCUCAUACUCCCUCACCAACCCCGCAGUCCACUUCACCUCAACGAUCUCCUUCUCCUUUGCCAGGGCAUUCAGUUGGCAGUUCAAAUAUCAUGCAGUGUUUCCCUGUAAAGUUACACUCCUCCCCACCUCUGGUUCGGCAGAUUUCAAGGCCAAAAAGUGCUGAGCCACCAAGAUCCCCUCUGCUGAAGAGAGUCCAGUCAGCUGAGAAACUGACUUGUUCUUUGUCCUCAGAAAAAAUGCUGUCUUCUUCACGCAAACACAGUUUGGAUAUUUCCCAUUCUGAAUUCAAGAAGGAGAUUCUCCAAAGAGACCCAGGUCUCCAGAGUUGGCAGGAAUCUGUGAAUGAAGCUAUAGGUGGCAAAGUUGGAUUUGCAGAAAAAGGGACACUGCAAAAACCUUCUUCCAGGAAACUGGGGACCAUUCGGCAAGACAGAGUGGAGAGAAGAGAGUCUCUACAGAAGCAGGAGGCCAUCACAGAGGUGGAUUCUUCUGAAGAUGAAACUGAUGAAGGGUCAGAAGAUAGUCAAGAUGGGAAAAGACUGGACAGGCCAUCCUUUAGCAGAGACCACAGCAUUUCUGAUCCUUUUACUGAGACUCAAAGGAAGCAUUCUUCCAAUUUGGAAAGCAAAGACAGUAUAGAAGAUGAUGCCUUUCUUCCUGAAGAACCAAAAACUGAAAAUUUGCAGGAAGAAACCAGUCAGCAACAACCAAAAGAUGUUUCAAGGUCAUUGCACGCUGUCUCAGAUGAGUCGCGGUCUGAGGUUUAUUUAAAAAUUUCUCCUAUAGAACACUCUGAUGAUUGUGAAACAUCUGAAGUAUCUGCAACAGCAGCAAGGUCUCCAUCCAAUAUCCCCAAACUUGUUUGUCUAAAAGGUAUUAGUUUUGAAAACACUAAGGAUUCAAAGGAAACUCAGCUGAUCCAGAAAAGCGCAGACUGUCCAAAGCCAGUGAAGUGCCUCUCUGUGGGACUCCAAGAGCUUGGUCAAGGUGAUUGCUCAGGGUUGGCAACUGGGAAAAAUAACUUGGAGGAAUCUGGUUCCUCAGAAACCAUUUACAUAUUGUCUGAAGAUACUAAUUCUUUGUUAGCACUUUGUUCUUCUUGCACAACUAGCAUAAACUCUCUUCCACUAGUAAGCCAAACGGACUACAAAGAUGUACUUCAGAAGCAGGAACUCCCAGUCACCAAGGACAGCAUCAGUAUUCCAGAAUUGGCCAAAAUUAGCAAGACUGCUGCACAAAAGUCUCCUAAUUCUGAAGAACAACCCAAGUUGUCCUCCGCAGAGGCAGUUUCAAAACACACAAAUCUAGCAAGCAAUAAAAACUGCAGCCUGAGAUGUCCCACAAGUGAUCCAGUUCCCACACUUAAUGCCUCAGGGGAAAGUAGAAAAGCAGUUUGGUCAGGUCACUUAAAAAUGGAGGGGAAAGGUAUAUUGGAUUUCAGCAUGUCUCGUUCACAGGUAUUAGGGGGGAAAAGUGAGGACUUUUCUCAGGAGGAACUGUUUUAUGCAGAAGAGUGUGUAUCAAAACAAGGAAUACAGGAGACUUUACAGGAAACUUCAAGACCAGAAACAGCCAAAGCUUUCAGCACAUGUGGUCUCAGUAAAAUAUGUGGUUCCUCCAUAGAGUCAGAAAGCCUAGCAAUAUCUUGGGAACCAGUGUGUGCUUUGGGAGUGAAAGAAACUCGAGAUUUUUUGGCACCUGACCCUUUGGAGGAUAGGUGGCAAGCACUUCCACCUCAAGAUCAGCGACAUGGCGUUACUAAAGAGAACAUGGAAAUAACUUUUGGACCAGAGAAUAGCCUGAGCCAUGAAAAGGAGACUACUCCAUUGCCUGAAAAAAUCAAAGAGGCUGGAGAUCAAUUGCAAACAAGAGACAGCCUGUUGUCAGAAAGCAGUAAGAAAACAUAGCAGCAUCUCCACAUUUUUCAACAAAGACAGCAUUAAUGGAACACAAAUAUAAAACAGGAAACCUGUACAUUUAUUUUUUGUAGAUAUGUUUUUCACACUCUUGCCUUUUUUAUUUUUGCAGUUCUAUUUUUGUACACAGCAUUUGCCAUUUGAUGCCUCUCGACAGGCUGUCUUUAAGCAAGAUUACAAAAUAGUUCACAGAUUUCCCUCAAGUUGUUUUUUAAUUUUGCCAUGAGAUUGGAGCAUCCUAUUCAGUUUUCCUCCUUGCAUGUUUUGCAUUGCCUUCAAAACUCCAGAGAACUACAUUUGAACAAUAAGGCUCAAUUGAAAAAUGCAAUAUUUGACCUAUUUUGAAUUUUAGUCCUUGAUUCCAAAAUUUUAGGUAAUUUCUUUAUAUUGGGAGAGAUGAAGAAAUACAUCCUUGAUGGCUGAGUCAUCUGGAAUCCUUAUGUUACAUCACUCUUUUUUUCCUUUUGCAUACUGUAGUUGACAGCUUCUUGUGUAGUAGGACAGUAUGCUUAAAAAUAAAUUAAAAAAUCUUUCUUCAGUUGAAAUGCCAGAAAAACAAAAACCCUUCCAUUUUUUGUAUUAUUUUAUGCAAUUUUAAAAGAAGUGUGAUGCUCUGUCUUUGUUUUUCUAAAAAUUUUAAUGCUUGUUGCCUUAUCGCCCUUGUUCAGACUAGGCAAUAAACUAAAGAGACGUUCUGGAUGCUUCGAUUACUGUAACUGCCAGCGUGAAAGCAGACAAGGUGCCAAGAUGCUUUGUUAUCUCCCAAGUAUUUUUAAUUGGUAAAGAGCUGAUGGGCCUUCUGAUUCAGAAGAGGGUGUGUAUGGAUUUCACCAUUUUCCACCAGGCCAUUUCCACUUUCUCCUUGGAGGCACUGUUUGCUUUGUUGCAGGCCUACAUCUCACCUGCACAUUUCUCCAGUAGUAACCCCCAACUGGGCAUUUGAAGUGAGGCAAAGGUUUAACACAGCCUUCAUAGAAGUUGGGCCUCACAGAUGAAGAAUCCUCAGAUGGUCCAAUUACUGUUCUCCCAGUAUCUUGUCUCGUUUGGCCCUUUGGUGACAAGUAGUAUCCUAACCUAGCCUGAGACCUUGCUGGAGGAAGUGAGUUUUUGCAGUCUCUACCCCAUCUUGCCUUAUGUGCCUGUGUUGUUAUGAAAACAAUCACUGUCUAGCAAAUGUUAUAGUUUGGUUUACACUGGGCAUUAAUCUUCACUGAUUCAUCAGGAAAAAGUGGACACAUAAGUGAAAUAGUCCUGAUAUCUUAGUGUCACUUACCCAAGUAUUGUAGGCAUUCAGUAAAAUGGCACCUAGAUUACACAGGUGCACUGUAAAUGGAAUAUGAACCCAGAUCCUUUUCUGCAGUUUAAUUCAUUUUCUACUUUUGAAAAUGCUUACAUUUUAAAGUAACAUUUUGAUUGCUUUUGAAUGUUCAGUGAUGGACGGCACACUCUGGAGUUCUUCCCCCCCCCCCCCUUUUAAAGAUAGCUAGCACUAUAACUGCACUGAUAAAUACACAGCAAACAAGUAACUGCAGUAUUGUAACUCCAUUGCUUAUUGAAUCUAAUUACUCAAAGGUCCUUGGAAUUUUAACUUACAGCCUGGCUUAAUGGAAUACCUCUGUAUAUGUAAGAAGAGAAAGUAAUUAUUUGAGAAGUUUUAUUAUCUAAAUAGAUAGGAAAGUGAUCAUAUGGUAUAAUAGUUCUCCAGGGCAAACACUGCAGUUAGUUACAGAUUAGUUUCAUUAUACAGUCAAUAUAAAGGCUCUUCCUGCACCAUUUCUACUUACAUAUUUUUUCAACAGGAACAUGUUCUUUCGAUCAUAAUUCAUGGUAAUCUCAUUUGAAGUGUCUGUUUAUUGCCCAGUUUCUUCCAUAAAGUUCCCUUUUCCAGGUUUACUCUGUACUCAAAUCUUUGGCUUCAGUUCUGGACCAACUUUUUUUUAAAUUUGGGGUCCUUUUUACAGUAACCACUGUUUACUGGAUGUGUGUCUGUUAGAGAGAGAAAAAAAAUGGAAUGAGGUGUGCCUUCAAGUUACAAUCCUGUAAUUUAAGGUCAGUUGACAUUCUCUAAUAGCAGCUUGAAGCUUCAAUAUUGAAAAAUAUUCCAGUGUUAUUUUAUUACAUAAUACACUAAUGUCCUUCUUUCGGCCAUCAGUGCAGAAACUCUGACUUUCAGCAUGGGGAUGUUAAAUAAAACAUUACACUUCCUUCGGUCCAGCCACAUUUGUGUCUUACCAGCCUUUGCUGCAUUGCCCUUCAGACAAAGGCAACUGGGGCAUCAGUCCACUUUUUAAUUUCAGAGAAAGGAAUUGCUUUGCCUAACAAGGGUUGAUACCAGAGCUACUUAGAAGUACACGUUAACUUGAAAAGGGUUAAAUGUUAAAGGCCGUGUUUUAUAUGAUAUAAAUUUGAGUUCUGGGAAUAAAUAACAUUGCUUCAAAUGUAUUUAAAGCAUUAGUACACACAAAGGGGUCACGUUUGUAUCUCUAGUAUAGCCAAAUAAAAUAUAUUGGGCCACCUCAUGUGUAUAUUAAAGGUGCCACAUAAAUGACAACUUUUUUGAAAUGCUUUCCAUUAUACUUAGUGGGAAAGCUCUGUCAUGUUUGGAAGCCUUUGUUCUCACCCCCACCCAAUAUUCUUACAAUUGGAGACCUCUUUCGUAACAUUGGGUUUUUUUUACAUUCUUCCAAAUGAAGAGUGAACAAUGAAGAAGACAUUGUUGGGAAUUUGAAGUUAUAUAUAUUUGAAGAGCUCUGACAAUCAUGAGUUUUCCAAAGGCAACAUUUAGAUUUUAAGAACUGACAGACAUUACAUCUGGCAGGAGGUGGUGUGAAAGGAUGUAGUGGAACAGAUGUUAGCAUAAUGAGGGAUAGUAUAAAUGUUUAAAGUCUGGAUGGAAUCCACUCUAUAAAUAUACUGCUCAUCUAUACAUUGCUCAUCCACCUAGCAAAAAAUUCUCAUUUACACUGUGAAUGAGAAUGGUCAGAGAAUUGUGUAGGCUAUGAGACAAGUGUAGCCAGCUAAGCAUUUUUCCUUUUCCACUUUAUUUUCUUUUAGUUUGAGUGGAUGUUUGGAAUUCACAUUUUCUUUUGCCUCAUGCAUCCUUUAAAUUUGGGUAUCCAAUUGAUGCAUUCCUCAAUAGUACUGCACACCAUUAAAUUGUGCAUCUAAAACCACCAAAUUAAUAUUUAGUGUAAAUAUUAGAUUUUCAGGUUUCUAAAAACCACUCCUGGGAAAGGAUUUCUGAGACUUUUUGGUGUUCAUUGUGGUACAAAAGAAUACUUACCAAGGAGCAGGGUAAGACCUGUAAAUUUUCUUCCUCAGUAGCACUGAAUUGAGGUGUGAUUUGGAAUUCUGCUUCUUUUUUUCUUCUUGAGAGGAAGGUGAAGACUUUCUCUGGUUUUAUCUUACUGGAUGUGAACGAUGAUGUUGUACUUUAAUUAAAAGAUUUUACAGUUUGUGUGUAUGUGUGUGUGUUUACAUUGUAUUUUUGUUCUUUCUGUUCUGGAGGCUGGGAACGCAUAUUUCAGGCUUGGUUUCAUUCUCAAGCUAGCGCCAUCUAGCACCUGGCUAGUGGAAAGGAUAAUGUGGGAUGUAUUAGAAACUUGAAUAAUUGCCACAUAAUAGAGGUGCAAUAAUUUUUAUUCAUGUUGUACCUGCAUGUUGAUGUUCAAAUACUACUCUGAAAUACACUUCAUUAUUUUUUACUUAAACCAGUGUGCAUCUCUUAAUUGAAUUGUUUUUCUUCACUUCAUGCUUAAAUGUUUUCCUGUAAAAUGAGUCCUAUCGUGUUUUCAUGUACUUACCGCUGAAUGUUUUAGGACAGCCUUACUUUGCUUCAACCUAAUGGGUUGUUACAGGGUAUUUAUUCUAAUGCAAGACUUAUUUUUUUCCAGGAGGGUCAUGUAUUUACAUACCAUUUUCAAUUAUAUCAAGUGAAAUAGUAUUUGGAGGAGGGAGUUCUUAUAUUCAGAGGUGCCUUCCUUUCAAACAGAUAAUACUAGUUCACUGCCAAGCAGUGAAUUACCACAGUGAGCACAUCUGUUGCUUUUUGAAGUUGCGUGCAAAUGUUAUGUGUAGUAAUUUGUCCUUUGGUAAAUUGUUACUCAUGUUCAA